AUGGCGACUUCCUACUGCAAGAUUGCAAGGAGUGUCUCCAAUUUAAGGGGACACAUCUUUGCAGUUAAAAGUAGAGCACAAUUAACUCAACGCGAAUCGAAAUGGAUUACUACAAGGACUUUACCGACAAGCAGCCAGCUUGUCCAAUUACGACUCAGCUCAUCAACGACCAGCCAAUCAGCUCCCAGCACUGUAAAGGAGACAGCAGAGACACAACCUGUUCUGGCAUUGCCAUCAGAAGAGCACGGAUUUCGAGAGCAGUUUAUCCCCAUCUCGCGGCGAUCAUUGGUUCGUCUCUUGAUGCAGGAAGAGGGACUACUGAAGGAAGAUGAGUUGAAGGUAUUUGAGGAGCUAGCCGUAUCCCUGGACAGUGCAAUCAUCAAUCAAUACUACGGAGUGCUCGCAGAACUCAAGCAACUCUUUGAGCCAGUCAACCCGGACAAAGACACAAUGAUGACAAAACUCUGGCGAAACAAAGACAGAUUAGACAGUGAAUUCUGGCUGCUGAGGAAGCUGAGUAUUAUCAUGGCUAAGGCAAACUUCCAUGAACUACCCAAGGGUGUCAUUGAGAAAGCGCUGGCUGAACAUGUGACCGGCGAAGGUGUUAGCGUGGCGGUGAAUCCAAAGAAGUAUGAUAUCUUAAGAUUCUGGGCUCUAGGCAAGGAGCUACCCAAGGAGAAAGUUCCCUUCUACAAGCGUCUUACCUCCUCCUUCUUCUACCGUGCAACCAGACAACAACCUCCAGCCCCUAUGGAGUAUUACAGGAGGGUUGUCCUAGCAGUGCGUCCCAAAGGAGAUAAGAAACUCAUCUUAAAGAUGUUCAAAGAGAUCCCAACAGGGGCCCUCGAGCAGCUCUUACCAGAUGGCAAGAUUCAGAUGACGAGGUGGGAUCAAGGCGUCUUGGCAACUUUCAUCACCAUCGGGUCAAUAAGUCUCCUCGUUAAGGGGGUAACCUUCCUUGCGGACAUCAAUCUCGACUGGACACUAGUCACAGCAUCGGUAACGGGACUGAUAGCACUCAGCGCCUGGAACAAAUACAAGAAUCGACGCACACGCUACAUGAUGCAGUUAUCACGGACACUGUACUACAAGAAUGUUGCCAAUAAUCGGGGUUUGCUGACCCUCUUGGUUGACAGAGCUCAGGAGGAGACAUUCAAGGAGGCGUUACUUACUUAUGCUUUUCUUCUUGCGGAGAGAGCACCUCCUACAACAUCUUCAAUUACUGAAGGGUCUGAAGGAAGUACUCCACCCAUCUCACAAGGCGGUAUUCCAGCCUCUCUCUUAGAGCGUAAGAUUGAAGGCUGGGUGUACGAACGUAGCAAAGCAAAUGUGGAGUUUGACAUCACAGCCGGAGCCAGACUGCUUGAGUCAUUCGGAGUCCUACAACGAGACGGGGAGGACAACCUGAGGGUGUUAAGCAUCGACGCCGUACUGCGCUGUCUCCCACGCCAACCGGUGUCCAUCGUCUCUAGAGAGGCGGAGCUAGACCUGGAGGAGGGGUACGACAGGGAGAUGUUCGAGAACGAAGACGAUUAUAAGAAGGAAGAGAGGAGGAAUAGUAAAAGAGGAUGGCUGUGAUGAAUUAAGGAGUUAUGGAGGACAUUUUAAUUGAUCAGUGGUCAUCUAAAUUUGUCAAUAUUAGGUCGAAGAGAGAGUUCUAGUACAGGGAGUACUUAUUUUACAGUCAUAGGGUCUGAGGCCGCAUGCGACUUUGAAAGGUGUUGAUAUUUCUACAGUAGAAUCAACAGAGAAAAACAAAAAUUCGUUUCGGAAGUUCACUGAAAAACUUUACUACCAGCUUUUAAAUUGAUCAAACUGUCGGGUUGGGAGGCCUGCCUUGCUACGUAACAAGUGUUAAAAUGUUAACGCUUAUCGAUACUAAUGAACAUAAAAUUGAUAAGUACUAAAUUAAGGCAGGUAACCCCAACCCCACCCCCCAUUUGUCGUACUCUUUCUAUGACUGUGAAAAUGUUGACCAUUUUGGAUUGCUCCUUAAUGGAUACAAUCUGGAGUUGAGCCAGUGGAAUUAAGGUUGGGUGGGGAGGUUGUAUUGUACCUUCUGUCGAUCGGAAUUGUGAAGCCCUCUAGGGUCUGGGAUGAGGGGGCUUGAGUCGUAUGCACUAUCCACAUGGGUAAUGGAUCAUGGGAUGAUGUAGCAGGCGAAUUAUGGGAUAGGAAAAAGAUAAAAAAGGGUGCUGUUUAAUAUCCAAGCCUAGCCAUGCAACAUUAUUUUGUCAUUUCUCUAAUAAGGCAUGAUAAAUAUCUGUGAUUACAUAAGAACAGUUAUUAAGUGAUCUUUCCUGAAAUAUAGAGAGUUGAAAGAGUAUGCAAUCCCGAAAGAACUGGAGUUUUCUUUUCACAAGGAGCUAAAGAGUGGACAUAACUAGUGAUAAUGGCUGAAGUGAUGCUGAAAAUAAGAUUGCAUGAAAUUGAAAGAGUUUACAUAACACUUAGAGGGAAGGGACACGUUUGGUAAUUACUCAAAUCAAAUAUUAACUUAAAAACGGACUUGGUAACAACAUUGGAGAGCUGU